AUGACUUCAAUAUUUCAUUCCGGUUUUUCAAAAGAUUUUUCUUCAAUAUUAAAUGAUGUAGACGAUUAUAACGUUAUUAUUCAAGUUGGUGAAAAUAACAAUAUAAAAGAAUUUAAGGCACAUUCGGCAAUUUUAUGUGCUCGUUCUGAAUACUUUAAAGGUGCACUCUCAAAUAAUUGGGUAACAAAAAAGAAUGGUAUGAUCAUAUAUGAAAAACCAAAUAUUACCCCAAAAGUUUUUGAUAUGAUUUUAAAAUAUAUCAACACAGGUGACCUUAACUUAGAAAAACAUCUAUUAAUUAAAGAUAUAUUUGAACUUCUAGUUGCAUCUGAUGAACUAAUUCUUGAAGAAUUAUUUGAGCAUGUUCAGGAUUAUUUGAUUAAGAAGCGAAAAACUUGGAUCAAGGAAAAAAAUUUUGACUUCUUCUUUAAUACUGCUUUUAAACUUGUUAGUUGCAAAAGACUACAAGAUCUUUGUCUUGAAACUAUUUGUAAAAAUUCACACCUAUAUAUUACUUCCAAAAAUUUCCUCUUGUUAGAUAAAGAUAUUCUCUAUAGUUUACUUGAAAGGGAAGACUUACAGAUCGAUGAAAUUAUUAUUUGGGAAAGUUUAGUUAAAUGGGGUAUUAAACAAACUCCUAGUUGGAGAAGUAAGAAUAAUAAUAGAACCGAAUGGAAUAAUGAGAAAUAUGAGGCAUUAAAGAAAACUUUAGAUGAAUUGAUUCCUCUUAUUCGAUUCGUGGAUAUCUCUCCCUCUAAAUAUUCUACUAGAGUCCGACCUUACAACGCUAUUAUUCCUAAUCAUAUUUAUGAUGAAAUUGAAGAAUUUUAUCUUAAAGGUACCUUAAAGAAAGCAACCAUUUUACCUCCACGAGUUGGAAGAAUUCGAUUUAAAUCAAAAAUUAUUAAAAAAAAACUUAUUUCUAUUAUCAUCAAUUGGAUCAAUAAAAAUGAUGCAAAGGUUAUUCCUGAUAAAAAUGAUUUAACAUAUAAUUUUAACCUUAUUAGCAAAGAUGGAAUCAAGAGUCAAUCAUUUAUAAAUAAAUGUAGAACUGGAAAACCAAUUUUAGUUUUAGUUAAAUGUAAAAAUUCACGAAAAAUAUUUGGUGGUUAUAAAUCGAUUGGAUUUUAUAAUAAUAAUAAUAAUCCUUUACCAAAUGAAUUUAUUUUUUCUUUUGAAAAUGAUGAAGAUAUUCAAAAUAUGAGAUUAAGUCGUAUAAAACCACAUAAUUAUUUCUGUUAUUCUGGAUUUAUUUUUGGAGAGCGUAAUUUAUAUAUGCAAGGUAAUAAUUUGUAUGUUAAGUAUGAUCGUAAAAUAGGGUGCUCUGGUACAUAUAUAAUUGAUGAGGUAGAAGUUUUUAGUGUAGUAGGACGAAAAAUUAUCCAAAAUUAAACAAAUUGAUUAUCUGAAAGAUAUUUUAUUGUAAUCUAAUCCUGC